AUGAGUGAACCAAACGAAGGAGGAUCUAGUUAUAGGUCCGGAGGAAACUACAAUGGAUACAAGCCCUCUGGAAACAGAUAUCAGCCUAAUAGUAAUAACAGAGGUCCGCCAAGAUACAGGUCGAAUCACAGACAAGAUGGAGGAUACUAUAACAACGGGGGGUAUCAUCAACAACAGGGGUAUGGAUACGGUCAGCCCACUCAUGCACACGGAGUGCAGAGACAGACGUACAGGGGAGGUUCCUACCAUCCAUACCAACACAGCGAUAGUAGAUACGGUUCGAAUUCAACGUACAGAAGACCUUACGGACAGCAGUCUGUACCACCAGCGCCACCACCAUCCACGGCGUCAUCAGUAUCAUCAUCAUCGGCGUACUCGCGGGGAUCAAAUGUGUUACCGGUGUCCCGGAAUUCUUAUCCAAGUCCCAAAUACGAACAACCAAAGAAAAAGUUCACCAUACCAAAGGACGAGAAUCCGUUCAUAUACAUGAUGAGUAACGAUGAUCACUCCAGGACAUCUAAACUCAAAGAGGUGUACAAAGAGAAUGAUCAGAUUGAUAAUAAACUAGAAGAACUCAAAUUGAAAAUAUUCAAAGACGAGUUAGAGCUGGGUUUAAUGAGCACGCAGUGCGAAAAAGAUGCUUUGAAUGUUCAGCUCACGCAGGAGAAAUUAGAUAGUCUACUAAUGAACUAA